AUGGCGGAUGUAGCGGGCGCACCGUCUGCAGAAGACAGGGCUCGCUAUGAAAAUCUCAGAAAGGAGCUUAUGCAGGCUCUUCCAAGGAAGCGUGUGACAGACAAACAACUAGCUCAAGUUGAGGUCCAGAUAUAUAACCUCGAAGCCACAUAUCUCACGGAGACGGCUGCGCAUAGUGGAGGAAACAUUAUUCAUGGUUUUGAGGGAUACUUGAAGAACCAGAGCACCGGCAGGAGAAAGUAUGAAGUGAACGACCAUGAUCGCGUGUUCUCGAACAGCAGCUUGACUUAUCAAAGGUCUCUCGAACUUAUGGGAGAGGGGGAGGAGUCAGCCAUGACCAAUGAUGAAUAUGGAAAGCAGUCAACAACCGGUGUUACAACAGUUGUGGUGCCCCCUGCGACUAGAAAUCAAGAGAUGUCUGUCGCCCAACAGAAGCGUAUCAGAGAUAAGGAAUACCAGCGCAAGAAGCGGGCCAGUGUUAGCCUUAGAAGCACGGGGGAGAGCGAAGAGGAGGCAAGCAUUUCUUCAAGAAGGCCAACGAAGAGAGCCCGCCUCGCUGAUGAAGACUAA